AUGGAGACCAGCUGGCUCGUCCUCGCCGGCGCCCUCCUGCUCUCUUUCCUCGCCCUGCGCCGCCACGCCAGGAACCGCCGCCUCCCGCCGGGCCCGCCCGCCGUGCCGCUGUUCGGCAACCUGCUGUGGCUGCGGAACUCCACCUCCGACGUGGAGCCCCUCCUGCUCGAGCUCUUCAAGCGGUACGGCCCCGUGGUGACGCUCCGGAUGGGCUCCCGCCUCGCCAUCUUCGUGUCCGACCGCCGCCUCGCGCACGCCGCGCUCGUCGGCGCCGGCGCCGUCACGAUCGCCAACCGACCCAAGGCCGCCACCAGCACGCUCCUGGGCGUCAGCGACAACAUCAUCACCAGUGCCGACUACGGGCCCGUCUGGCGCCUCCUCCGCCGCAACCUCGUCGCCGAGACGCUGCACCCGUCGCGCGUCAGGCUGUUCGCGCCCGCGCGCGCCUGGGUGCGCGGCGUGCUCCUGGACAAGCUUCGACAGGGGGGUGCCGACGGCGGCGCGCCCGGCGACGUCAUGGAGGCGUUCCGGUACACCAUGUUCUGCCUCCUCGUGCUCAUGUGCUUCGGCGAGCGGCUGGACGAGGCCGCCGUGCGCGCCAUCGAGGAAUCCGAGCGCGCGUGGCUGCUCCACAUCGCCCGGCAGAUGAACGUCUUCUUCUUCUUCCCGUCCAUCACCAAGCACGUGUUCCACGGGCGCCUCCAGACCGCCCGCGCCCUGCGCCGGCGCCAGAUGGAGCUCUUCGUGCCGCUGAUCAACGCGAGGCGGGAGUACAAGCGGCAGCUCAAGGAAGGUCAGGCGCCGACGAGCGAGACCACGUUCCGGCACUCGUACGUGGACACCCUGCUGGACAUCACGCUCCCCGAGGAGGGCCACCGUCCGCUCACCGACGACGAGAUCGUCACGCUCUGCUCCGAGUUCCUCACCGCCGGCACCGACACCACCUCCACCGGGCUGCAGUGGAUCAUGGCCGAGCUGGUCAAGAACCCGGCCGUCCAGGAGAGCCUCCACGCCGAGAUCAUGGGCGCCUGCGGCGACGGCGCCGCCGAGGAGGUCUCUGAGGAGGCCGUCCAGCACAUGCCGUACCUCAAGGCUGUGAUCCUCGAGGGCCUGCGCAAGCACCCGCCGGGCCACUUCGUGCUGCCGCACAAAGCCGCGGAGGACAUGGACGUCGGCGGGUAUCUGAUCCCCAAGGGCGCGACGGUGAACUUCAUGGUGGCGGAGAUGGGCCGGGACGGGAGUGAGUGGGAGAGGCCGAUGGAGUUCGCGCCGGAGCGGUUCAUGGAGGGCGGCGACGGCGCGGGAGUGGACAUGACGGGGACCAAGGGGAUCCGCAUGAUGCCUUUCGGCGUGGGGAGGAGGAUCUGCGCCGGGCUGUCCAUCGCCAUGCUGCACCUCGAGUACUUCGUCGCCAACAUGGUGAGGGAGUUCGAGUGGAAGGAGGCGCCCGGCCACGAGGUGGAGUUCGAGGAGAAGCGCGAGUUCACCACCGUCAUGAAGAAGCCGCUACGCCCGCUCCUUGUGCCCAGGAGGAAUAGUAUAGUGUCUUCGCUGGCACCCGUGCUCAUCAGGGGCGAGAUCAAGGAGACGCUCAAAGGGACCAAGCAGAACGUCGAGCUCAUGGUCAGCUGCGCGCUCGAGGUCGACGCCGCGUCUGCCUGCUGCCCUAAUGGAAAGCUUAAACUCACGCUCGAGAAGCCGUCGACGCUGUGCAGGGUCUGA